AUGGCAGCAGCAACAGGGACACCAAGAGUCGCAUUGGUGCCACACGAUAGUGGAGUAAGACCGUAUUUUGAGCAGAAAAUUCAGGAUAUCGAAUUGAGAAUUCGGUCAAAGACUGAGAAUUUACGCAGAUUGGAGGCUCAGAGAAAUUCUCUGAAUGAUAAAGUGCGCUUUAUCAAAGAUGAACUGCGUCUGUUACAGGAGCCUGGAUCCUAUGUUGGUGAAGUUAUGAAGGUUGUAUCAGACAAAAAGGUGUUAGUCAAGGUCCAGCCUGAAGGUAAAUACAUCGUUGAUAUCUCCAAAGACAUUGAUGUAAAGGACCUAAAAGCAUCUCAAAGGGUCUGUUUGAAGAGCGACUCCUACAUGCUACAUAAAAUCUUGGAAAAUAAAGCCGAUCCACUAGUUUCACUGAUGAUGGUUGAAAAGGUACCUGACUCAACAUAUGAUAUGUUAGGUGGUCUCAAUAAGCAAAUAAAGGAAAUAAAAGAGGUUAUCGAACUACCUGUGAAGCACCCAGAGCUUUUUGAAAGUUUAGGGAUUACUCAACCCAAAGGUGUUAUACUUUAUGGACCACCCGGGACUGGUAAGACUUUGCUUGCUAGAGCAGUUGCGCAUCAUACUGACUGUAAAUUUAUAAGAGUGAGUGGUGCGGAGUUAGUUCAAAAAUACAUUGGUGAGGGUUCGCGAAUGGUUCGCGAACUCUUUGUGAUGGCAAGAGAACAUGCGCCAUCCAUCAUAUUCAUGGACGAGAUAGAUUCUAUUGGCUCAAGUCGUGUGGAAAGUGGCUCAGGAGGGGGUGAUUCCGAAGUGCAGAGAACAAUGUUGGAAUUGUUAAAUCAAUUGGAUGGGUUCGAAACCUCUAAAAACAUCAAGAUAAUCAUGGCUACAAAUAGACUCGAUAUACUGGAUCCUGCUCUACUAAGACCAGGUAGAAUUGAUAGAAAGAUCGAAUUCCCACCUCCAACAGUAGCUGCGAGAACACAAAUAUUGAGAAUACACUCUAGGAAGAUGAAUUUAACACGUGGAAUUAACUUGAGAAAAAUUGCAGAGAAAAUGAACGGUUGCUCAGGGGCUGAUGUCAAGGGUGUAUGUACUGAGGCUGGUAUGUAUGCUUUGAGGGAAAGAAGGAUACAUGUUACUCAAGAAGACCUAGAAUUAGCGGUUGGUAAGGUCAUGAAUAAGAAUCAAGAAACAACGAUCUCAGCUGCAAAACUUUUCAAGUGA